UAUCGAUUACCAAUAAUAUAAGAAAUUUCUGUCAUGUCAUUAACAAUUCCAGAGGUAAAUGAGAAGUACGCUGUACUGGAUGAUCCCGAGAACGCCACACCCGGGCUGCUGCCGUGGUGGUUUGCCUAUAUUGGCUUCAUCCUGGUGUUCGUCACCACCAACACCGCCGCGUUCUUCGUCAUGCUGUACACGUUUGAGUUCGGGCGGGAGAAGACAGAAGCCUGGCUGCUCAUCUUCCUGACGUCAUUCCUCUCCGACCUCAUCCUCCUCCAGCCUGUCAAGAUCCUCGCCAUGGCGGCGCUGUUCGCCGUCUUUUUCAAGAAAGCAAACAAAGAAGACGAAGUGAAGAGGUCUGACGUCAAGAAGUAUGAGGAGAUGGUUGCAGACCAAAAGCAGAGUCCACCUGUCCCGGCACCACACGACUCCCCGGACCUAGCUGAGGCCCGCAGGAUUGCCGUCCGGCGGAGGAAGCUGAGGAACAUUCUGAAGGAAGUGGCUGUUUACGCCCUUUUCCUGGCCGUGGUCAUGCUGGCUGCGUACGGACAGAAGAAUCACCUGGCCUUUCAUAUGUCCAAGGAGGUUCAGCGACUUGUUGUACACAACGAGGAGAUGUCUUUCGAGGAAGUGGUUGAUACCGAAUCCUACUGGACCUGGCUGGAAGAUGCAGCCGUCCCAGUUCUUUACCCAGACGCCACUUCAGCCCUCCCGGACCCGCCUGUCUACCGUGUAGGGCCGAUCCGGCUCCGCCAGGCUAGAGUCAAGCUUGAUCCCGCCUGCCUGACGACAGUUUCACCAGGGAACCAGACAUCCGGGUGCGACAGACGUUAUAACUACCUCAGUCAGGACGAAGGGCAGUACGGAGAAGGCUGGUUGCCGCUGCCCACAGUCAACAUCACCACUUUCAACGGGACCAACGGCACCGCUGAGACAGCAGAGCAGAACAGCACAAGUCCGUGGAGGUACCGGUCGUCUGAAGAUCUACAAGAAUUGCCCUAUGCGGCAGACCACGGUGUGUAUUUCGGUGGAGGCUACGUAGCCGACACGUCCAACAACGCAUCACAGAUAAUCGAGGAUUUGAAGAGCCAAGGCUGGAUUGACAGAGCAACCCGAGCGGUCUUCACCGAUGUGACCCUGUACUCGCCCGACUCCAACCUGUUCUCCAUCGUGACCCUGCUGGUGGAGUUCACGGCUAUCGGGGCCGGCUUCCCGCGCUGGGAGGUCCACACGGUCCGCCUCUACCGCUUCCACGGCGGCUGGGAGGUCUGGAUGGCGCUCCUCUACAUUUCUGCGCUCGCCAUUUUUGCUUUGGUCUUCGCCAUAAAAGAAGGGCGAAAGGCCUACAACAGCGGAGCCCUGUACAUCAUGGACUUCUGGAACUGGGUGGAACUGAUCAUCAUCCUGCAGGCCCUGGCGGGAGUCGCCACCUUCUUCUACUCUGAGGCCGUUCUGGAAGACGUAGCCAGUAAAAUGGAAAAUAACACCGCGGCAAGCUUUGGUGAGAACUCUGGUCUCUCGGGACGGUUCGUGAACUACAAACGCGCGGCCGUCUGGGACCAGGUCUACACUUACGUCAUCGCCACCCUGCUGUGUAGCGUCACUCUCAAGAUGACGCACCUGCUGCGCUUCAACCAUCGCGCGUCUCUCCUCAUCCACACCCUCAAGCGCAGCGUCGGGCCGCUCUCAGGCUUUUCCGCCAUGUUCUUCCUCUACUUCUUCGCCUUCGCCAUUCUGCUUCAUCUGACGUUUGGUCUGCGCAUGCUCUCCUACAGUUCCUUUGCUCGGACAUUCGAGGCGAUGGUGACCAUCAUAGCUGGUGACAUCAACUAUGACGAAAUCUCUACUACUACUGGCAAUCUGGGAACUUUCAUUCUGUUUCUGUUUGUUUUCGUCUUCAAUAUCUGUCUGAUUGGUUUCUUUGUGGCCAUCAUUGACGAGUCUUAUCAUAGCGCAAAGGACGAUGAACAGUUAGAGAAAACUGACUACGAUCUGAAAGGGUUUUUCAAAUAUCAACUGCAAAAACUGAAGCCAAAGAAGAAGGCAAGGCAGGAUGAUUCUGACAACACGUCCAUUUCUGGGCCUGGGUAUGAUGAGCUUAAGGUUAACGUGAUGAAGAGGCUGAGGACAGUUUUUGAAGACUUAGAUGAACGGUAG